GUAAUCACCCUCUAACUACAGAGAUGCGCAUUUACUUAAAAAUAUUGUUAGAAUUGUGCGAGGCAAGGAGAAGGAAAAUAUUUCAUCCCGGAGAGCUUCUAACUAGGAUAAACUAAAGUUUUGAAAGACACAGUCAAAAAAUAAAAUAAAGUUUCUUAGACUUCAAAAAAACCCUCUAAAUAUGUGGAGAACAACGAAAGCGGCGUUCAUUUUACUCCUGGUCAUCUCAUUCAUUUUGUCUUCAGAACAAGCAUAUAAAAGAACAUCUUCCCGAUCGCACGCCAUUAAUAAGCGAAGUUGCAACGUUCGAGGGGAGUUUUGUUUGAAGGACAUCGAAUGCUGCACAGGAGAAUGCGUUUGUGCCACAAAUGCGUGCAAAUGUGGAAAUCGGCCCAAAGUGAAGCCGAACAGAAAUAAGCCACAAAGCAUGGCUCAGCGUCUCAUCUGCCGCUAUCGAUAAGAGUAUUUUAAUAAAUGUCCGUUUCUAGACUUUUAUAUUCUUCCGAGUGUAUAAAGUAUUAUGCAUAUAUAUAUUUUUUUAUUGCAGAAAAUGCACAAUUGUAUAGAAAAUAAAGGCUUAUUUUGGUGUU